CAAAACGUAACGAAACUCCGAACGCGCAACAGGUGUUCAAUCGCAAACAACACGCUCGAAUUAAACGAAUCGCCGCGCGGAAAGCGCUCGCCAAGCCAAAGAAAACCCAAGUCGCUGCGUGAAAAGCAGGGGAGAGAUAUACGAUAACAAAAUAACAAAGUAAACAUUGAAUUUUUGGGGAAGCGGCCGAAAAACGGUAGCACCUGUUUUCCCAGCAUUCCUGCGCCUUCCUUCGUUCUGCGCCUGCGCGUGUGUUUUUUAUUAAGUUUCCCCUCUCGCGGGUGUUUUGAAGUUUUCGUUUUUAUUUCGUUUUAACAAGCAAGUGGCUGGAAACAUUCGACAAUUUGCUUUUGCUAGUUGCAAUUGCAGCAUAUUUUCCUCUCGAUUCAAGCCGAGAGCAAAAGAAACAACAACAGCAGCAGCAGCAUAAACAUAAACCAAAAAACCGGUUAAAGCGGACAAGAGUGAGAAAGGCGCCCCAAAAGAGCAAGCGGGACAAAAACACACAGAAAACGUAAAAAAAAUACCACAAUAAAAAAGUGGGGGAAAAACGAAAUAAAAGAUAUCCACAGAUUUUUGGUUUUUGUUUUGAAACGCAAACAGAAAAUAAGUGUGUUUGUUCUUUGCUUACCCGUGUUAACACCGAGUUCUCCCUGUAAAUGCCUUAUCGGCCGAUCAAAUCGAAAGUGAACGAGUAAUUGCCUUUGGUAUUUCGAUAUCGCUAUUGCCGAAACUCUUCGCGUGGCCUCCUUCUUAUCGCCCGUCCACUUUACCAGAAACAACUACCUGUUGCCGCAACGAUCAUCACCAGGCCAUUCCGCAAAGCACACACCUUAAGCUCUUCAAGAUUUGUGGAUGUUUUCAGAUCUUCUGUAACAUGCUCUUAACCGAGGGAUAUUGAUUGGUUACAUCAGCAACACCAACCAGAAUGGCAGCCAGCAACAGCAACACCAAAUCCCCAAUGGAGCAUCAUUCCGAGGGUUGUGAUGAGGUUGACUUUAUAAAGACCACGCACAACAAUAACAACGAUUAUGAGGAUUUAGGUGGCGUGAGUCAAGCGGUGAUAAACACCAAAGCAACAGCAGCGGCAGCAGCAACACCAGCAGCAGCAACAUCAGCAGCAACAACAGCAACACCAAACAACGAACCAAACAGCAACACCCUGAAAAAGGCCAAGGAGCGUCGCACCCUCUUUCAUUUCGGCAGCAGCAGCAGCAGCAAGAAGCUGAGUCAGAGCAAGUCACAAGAUAGCCAGGAGAAGGAUAAUGCCUCAUCUCCUGCUGCUCCCCUGCCGCCGGUGCCCAUUGGAACACCGCCGCGACAGCACAAGUUCGUGAAGAGCAACAGCUUGGCCAGGUUGCUGGGCAACACGUACAAUGCCAAGAAGUUCGAGAAGCAGGAGCAGAAGCGUCUGGCCUCGUCCGGCGGUUCGGAGGGCGGCAAGUUCAACACGUACAGCGGGAGGCGUGGUCGAGGGGGUCCCUAUCUGGAGCGUUUCAAGCGGGUGUCCAAGGAGGAUGGCGAUGUGGCCGGCGAGGAUGACACGGUGAGGGUGACGAAUGUCAUAACCCUAACCACGGAUUCGCGGGAUCUGCUCUACGGCAGCCGGCAAGAGCAUGUGGGUCGCACUGGCGGUCAUGACGUUCAGCACGAUCAACUCAGCUCCAAGGCCAUUCGCACGUUAACGAGGAGCUUGGGAAAACUCUGGAGGCGCACGCACAGCGUGGAUAUCAGCACACCGGAUCCGGAGUUCAAGGUGUCCUACCUGGGGAAUGUCCUAACCGGCUGGGCCAAGGCAGGUGAGGGUUGUGUGGAAAAGCAGCUGAACACCCUGUGGCGUAACUACACCCAGCACUCCAAGCCGGACGUGAUCAUGCGACUGAAGGUGUGUGCCUCCGGGCUGAAGGCCACCACCCGGCAGCACGGCCUUACGGAGUACUGGGCCCAUAGGAUCACCUACUGCUGCGCACCGAAGAACUAUCCGCGGGUCUUCUGCUGGAUCUAUCGCCACGAGGGCAGGAAGCUGAAGCACGAGCUCCGCUGCCAUGCGGUGCUCUGCAGCAAGGAGAAGAUUGCCCAGGACAUUUGCGAUACCCUGAGGGAAAACCUGGACAGCGCUUUGCGGGAAUUUAAGCGUGAGAAAAUUCUUAAGCAAAAUGCUCGUCUGAGUUUGGCCAACGCCGUCUACGACAACCCGAGCUUGCCGCGCCGCAAGAUCAUGCUGAGUGUUGGCGGCAACAACUACCGACCGCCGCUGGAGCGCUCCAAGUCGGCGCCCAAGCUGAUGGCCAUCGAGGAGGCCAUUGGCGAGGAGGAGGGCGACGAGAUCGAGGACACCAAUGAGCCGGAGAUGAUGCCCUGCUGUCAGAAGGACUCCCUCUAUCCGGCGAUGACUUUGGGCAGGCGCCGUUGUCGUCGCGGUCACUCGAUUCGGCGAACGGGCAAGAUUCAGUCCUCCUCGCCCUGCUGCAGUUCGCACAUGGCCAAGGAGCUGCCCCAGGAGGAGAAGGCCAAGAAGAUGGCUUCUGUGAGCAGUCCAGCCAACGAUGGCUCCGAUUCGGAUGACUUUGAGAAGCUGCUGAAGUUCGACACGACUCUGAGCAACGAGCUGUUGCCCUACUUCGAUAUGCAGCUCCACAAGAACAGCAGCCAGAGCAUGGUGAGCCUCAGCGAUCUGAAGGAGGAGGAGGACGGCGAGCCGCUGAGCCUGCUGCCCACGAUCAACAGCGAUCCCAGCGCCGAUCCGGAGGCGGAUUACAAUGCCGAGGAUCACGAGGUGCCCGCCGCCCGUCGCAGUGGCGUCUGCAGCGACGGAGAGGAGGACUUCCUGGACGAUGCGGACGACCAUUACUUCCGGCAUGCGGCCAUGCUGACCAUGCUGCACCGCAGUUCGAUGCGGAAGAUGAGGGUGGGCGAUCAGGCGAGCCUCAAGUACCGCCACCAGGCGCAGUCAUCGAUCUCCUCGAAUGCGUCGAGCUCGACGACGGCCAGCACUUCGGCGGCGGCGGCGGGCGGGGGAUCCAACCAACAGGGUCUGGCCAGUCCGGACAGCGACGAGGGAUCCAUAUCGAGCGGCUGCGAGACGGCCAGCACAGUCACGAAUGCCAAUCACGAGGAAUUCAACGGCAAGCGGGAAAACGAGCCCAGCCAGCUAGAUCGAUCGCCGGAUUUGGAGCUGGAACAGGCGCAGGUGCUGGAGCAGAUGAUGAUCUACCAAAGACUGGAGCAGCAGCUGCGCAACAACAGCGGCGGCGAUGCCACGAACUACAGCAGCUCCAGCAGCAUCACGCUGAAGCGCAGCAAUUCCGGCAGCGAUGAACUCGAGCUAGACAAGCAGGAGAGCAGGGAGCAUCCGGAUGAGGGCUCCGACAGCGACGAGAGCGGCUAUGUGGAGUUCCAGGAGAAGGAGCGACCGGGUCAGCAGCCGCUCAUCAGCGAGGCCAGCGUAACUCUGGCCAAGAUUGCGACCGUCAAGCCACAGAUUCCACCAAAGCCGGCUCCACGUCGCUCGCUCACCGGCGCUUCGGUGGGCGGACAAGCCGCUGGCAAGGCACCGGGCACCGCCGUCUGAGGAAAACGCUUUAAUCACAACGGAAACAGCCGUCUACAAAUUGUUAUUUCUGCACACCCGUCAGCGAACACAGCAAACGCAAACACAAAGUGCAAGAAAUUGAAAUCCUAGUUGUAGGUUAGCCAUUAGUACGUAGAUAAUAAGUCAUUUGUUGUUGGUUCAUCGAGAGGAAAACCUAACGAUAUUCCCCCCAUUUCCCAUCAUAUCACACUGUGCCCCCCAAUCCAAAAAUAAUGAAUUUAUAAUGUACGCCCUUGUAAAUAAACUAGACGCCCUAAGCACUGCAUGUACUAUAUAUAUCUACACGAUUGUAAUUGAUGAACUGUAUCUUACGUACCAAUAUAAAUUAUUAUCUGAAAGGUG